UGAGAACAAGCAUAGCCGUUUUCCGAAAGAAUAAACAGCUCUGACAACAAGGGGCUCAGAUCUCUCGCUUUGUACGAGGGGCAAGGACUUGAGCAGUCAGCAGAGUAGAGAAACCCAGAGAGAGGGAGGGAUGGAGAAAAAGAGUGUGAGUUUGGAGGGGAAGAAGGUCAUAAUGGUGCCGUACAUGGAGGCACAUGUACCAAAGUACCAUGAGUGGAUGCAAGAUCCUGCUCUCCUUCAAGCCACCGGCUCUGAGCCCCUCACACUUGACCAGGAGUUCCAAAUGCAGCUCUCCUGGAGCCAAGACCCCCGCAGAUUAGUGAUAAUUAUUAAGGAAUCGGAUAUUCGUUUUGCAGAGCAGACUUUCAUUGUAUUGGAUAAGGAGAUGGUUGUUGGUGACUUCAUUCAUGGGGACCCCCAUGUUGAAGCCAUGAUUGGUGAUGUGAACCUAUACAUGAACGAUUUGGAUGAUCCCCAUAUGGCAGAGAUUGAAAUAAUGAUAGCUGAACCCAAAAGCCGGGGUAAAGGACUUGGAAAUGAAUGUGUCUUGAUAAUGAUGGCAUUUGCAGUUGAGAACUUAGAGAUCUGUGUCUUCCGUGCAAAAAUUGGAGAAUCAAAUGGAACGUCUCUUGCCUUGUUCAAGAAAUUGGGAUUUAAAGAGACUUCUUAUAGUGAAAUAUUUAAAGAGGUGACUUUGGAGUUACAAGUAACCAAGCCCAAGCAAGAAGAGCUGCUACAUUUGAUGGGUUCUGUCCUUACACAUGCAUAGCUCUAAAGAGCGUGAUCAAUAAUCUGAUUUAUCUGUAGUAGAAUGAGCUCUUCUGCCAGUGUUUGAAGUUGUUUGGACUUAAAUACGCCAAACAUCUUGUUAAAUGAUGGUUGACUUGAAAGUAGAGAUUAUGAAUUGCAUAAGAAACCCAUAUUAAUAGAUAAUUUUCGCCAGGUUCUUAUUUCCUGGUUUCUUAGUCA